AUGUUGCAGCUCCCAAGCACCUCCCAAAUGGCCCUCUGGACAUGGCCACGAGGUCUCUACCCCGGACAAAUGCACUUCUACUUCAAAGCUGAAGCCCUCCCCCUCUCCGUUCUCGCCACCCCGUCCAACCCCUCCGGUUCCUCAACCAUCAUCCCAAUAGCCGUCAACCCAAAGACCAAUCGCCUCGCCGCAGUUUACCCCGACCUUGAACCCCAACCCACCGACUCCAAACUUCCCGUUAUAAAAAUCACCCACCCGGGAGAUAAGACGACACGUAUCCUCCAUCAGUCAACCGCCGUGGUUCAAUACCUCGAGGAUUACUUCCCCCCUUCCAAGGGGUAUAGAGAUUUGUCUGGUGCGAGCAGUCCGGAGCUGAGGGCUCAUGUCCGCGCGAUUGUUCAACUCAUCACCGACGCCAUGAUCUGGAUGCAAUGCGAUAUUUUCAACAUGCACCCUUUCACAAUUAGUCUAGGGUUGUGCGCCCCGGGUAAACAAAGCGCAGCGGCUUCUGCGUAUGCGCGGAGGCGGUGGAAGGAAGAGUUGGCGAAGCUAGAUCGAUGGGUUCAGGCUCUUGAUCAAGAGAAAGAGGCGAUAAGUCUGGCUGGUGCGCUGGAGUAUCCGACGACGGCGGAUUUCAAUCUGUUGUCGGCGGUGGAGCUGUUCAAGGACUGGUUCGAUACGGAUGUUCUUGAAGGGUUUCCUGCGUUGGAGAGGUGGUAUGGGAGGUACAGAAGGAGUGAGUGGUGGGUGGAGAGGGAUGCUGUGGAUAGGAUAGGUGAGGGUAGAUAUGCGGAGCUUUUCGUGGGGUAA